UCCAUCUAUUCACUCCAAUCAAAUUCAAACCACAUCACUCGAUUUUGCAGCAUUAAUCCAUUCAUUUUCAAACUAAUGGAUAAGAAAAGUUAUGUGUUCCAGCAAUCUCAUAUUUCUGUUAUAGGUUUAUUCUGUGCAUUCUUAUCAUUAUGCUUAUUAUACUUCAACAACAAUGAAGUAUUCCUUGACAAAGUUAUCUGGAUCAACAGUCCGCACAUUAACAAGACCGACCCAUGUGGCGGAAGAUACAUAUACGUUUACGAUCUCCCGCCACGGUUCAAUGUAGACAUGGUGACCGAGUGCAAAAGGAAUCAAAAGACAUCUGCUAUGUGUACAUUCACCAUGAACGGUGGGUUCGGACCGCCACUUAAUAACACUGAAGGAGUGCUUUCAGAUCAUGGAUGGUAUGCUACAGAUCACUUCAAUGUAGAAAUUAUAUUCUACAAUCGAAUGAAGCGGUACGAAUGCUUGACUAAUGAUUCAUCCAUAGCUGCAGCCUUUUUUGUCCCAUUUUUUGUUGGGUUUGAUUUGGCUAGAUAUAUUGGGGACUUUAAUGUUUCUGUUAGAGAUGCUGGUUCUGUUGAGGUUGUUAAUUGGUUGAUUACAAGGACGGAGUGGAAGAAUAUGAAUGGGAAAGAUCAUUUUCUUGUUGGAGGAAGGCCUACUUGGGAUUUAAGAAGAAAAACUGAUGAAAAUAUUGAUUGGGGAAAUAAGUUUUUGUUGUUACCGGCUGCGAAAAACAUGUCGUUUCUUCUUGUCGAAUCGAGCCCGUAUGGUUUGAACGAUUUCGCGAUUCCUUAUCCGACUUACUUUCAUCCGUCUAAAGAUUCGGAGGUUUUCGAGUGGCAGGAGAGGAUGAGGAAGACGGAGCGGAAAUGGUUGUUUAGUUUCGCGGGUGCUCCACGCCCGGGUGACCCGAACUCGAUUAGGAGUCUUUUGAUCAGUCAGUGUAAUAAUUCGAGGGUCGGGAAGCUUUUGGAAUGCGCGGUGGCUGAUGAGAGGAAGUGUCGUUCGCCUAGUAAUGUUAUGAAAAUGUUUCAAAGCUCGGUUUUUUGCUUACAACCCGAAGGGGAUUCGGCUACGCGAAGAUCAUCUUUUGAUUCGAUCUUGGCGGGUUGUAUACCGGUGUUUUUUCAUCCGGGGUCUUUUUACACACAAUACACUUGGCAUUUACCGAAAAACUAUACUACAUAUUCGGUUUUCAUUUCUAAUGAUGACAUUCGAAAGAAUGUGAGCAUAGAGGAGCGACUUAGUCGAAUUGAUCCUAAAACGAUCGAGAUGAUGAGGGAGGAGGUCAUAAGUUUGAUUCCUAGAAUGAUUUAUGCUGAUCCUGAUUCUAAAUUAGAGACUUUAGAAGAUGCAUUUGAUGUGUCUUUGAAGGCGAUUAUCCGCCGGGUGGCUAAAUUGAGACAAGAUAUGAUCGAUGGGCGAACGAAUGAUGAUUUAAUUGAAAUAUAUGGUUGGAAAUAUGCGUUGAUGGAACAAGGUGACUAUGCGGCUGUUCGCGAAUGGGAACCGUACUUCCCUAAACUGGAACCGGUUAAUAGUAGUGCAGAAUCUGUAAUCAACAAGCAAGAAGACCAAACUUGAUCAACUUCAAUGGAGGUAUGAUUGGUCAUUGUUUUCUUGAAGUUGGAAGCAUAUUUUGUUGUAGUUUUGGGUCAAAAUAUGUGUCCAUUGUUAGUUUUUCACUUUUUUGUAUGUUAGUUGUUGAUGCUUUGCAAUGGAAAAGAGUGUUGGAAAAUAA